AUGCGUUCCCGAUAUGUGUACGGUCUCUUGAGCGCACUUGGCUCAUUGUUGACAUGGCUCUGUAUGCACAUAUUCACCAACUAUGGAAAUCCAUGGGACAUCUUCCCAGACCUAGUUCGACGAUUAUGCAUCGCUGUAUUCGUUAUAACUGUCGUUGACUACAUCUGGACCAUCUUGUGGUGGGUUGCAUACGAGCCUGUCCCUGCACCGACUGAUGAGACUACGUUUCCAAACGUCACUGUUGUCAUACCUGUAUAUAACGAGUCGUACUUCAUCCGUCAUUCGUUACAUUCUAUCCUACAGUCUUCUUAUCCCAAAGAUCGAUUGGAAGUUGUUGUAGUAGACGAUGGCUCUACAGACGACACGUGGAAGCACAUUACCGCUGCCGCAACUGCAUACGCCAAAAUUGCAGUUUCCUAUCGAACUAUUCGACACGAGCGAAAUCUUGGCAAACGAUUCGCGAUACACUCUGGCUUUUCUCUAGCAUCCGGUGAUGUCAUCAUCUCCCUAGAUUCAGACAGCGUAUUGGAACGCAACUCAAUAUCUCGAUUGAUAGCACCGUUAGUGCUUGACAGUCGGGUCGGAGGUGUGGCAGGCCAUCUGAGUGUCCUAAACGUGGGCCAAAAGACCAUUCCCCGAUUGCUCGAUAUACUGUUCGAGACCAGCGGAAACAUUCCUCGAGCAGCACAAUCGCAGGCAUGUGGCGCUGUUACGAUCCUUCCAGGUGCGCUUUCAGCAUAUCGCACAAUCGCAAUCAAACCAUUCCUUGCAAGCCUUCGCGAAACCACCUUUAUGGGUACGCCAAUCAAGCAUGGAGAGGAUAUUGAAAUAACGCUCGGUUUACUGUAUGCUGGUUGGAGAACGGUGUACCAGAGUAAUGCUGUUGUCCACACUAUUGCGCCAGAAGAUGCUACUCGAGCAUUCCUGAUGUACACGCGUUGGGAACGAAGUUCGUACGUGUACUUGCUGUCAAGCUUCUCUAAGAUAACCUGGCCGACCAUUCUCACACAACUUGGUACCCAGCUUCUCAAGGAUUUCAAGGUCAACACUAUAAGCCACUUUUAUGUUGACAUAUACGAGGAGGCGAAGCAUUCUCAACGUACUUCAGAUUCGGACUCUACGUCAAGGACGAGUAUAGGGUGCUUAUUCUUGCUCAUCAAUCUCACCUCAACUGCUGUGGGCAACUGUUUGUUCCCCUUAGCCUUAUACGCUCAGAUAUACAUGGCUAUCUCUCGCCCUGAUGCAAUUCUGAUAGGUUGUCUCAUCACACUACUGCUAUCGGGCUUUCGUUCUCUACUUUUUUUCGCUGAUUGUAGCGAUGAUCGAAGAGGCCAAGGAAAAGCUACAGAAGAAGAAGAGGAGAAAGGAAUAAGGAGAUUGAACAGGACAGAUUCAUCAAAGCAGUACCAAAUGCCGCUUCAGAAAGAUGAUUUCAGGAUGGCCUCUCAGUUCAUAGAAAAAGAUCGGCUUUCGAUAUUUAGUCGAAAAGCGCGACUUCCUUGGCGAUUACAGUAUGGAUGGCUCGCCAUUCUUUUUCACGCGAGUUUUAUUAGCUGGUCAUCUAUAAUUGCAUUGCUAACGAUCAGAAGUCAAAAAUGGCUUACAAGAUAA